AUGUGCAAGGAAACAGACGAGGCUCCAAAGCAGGAAAAGCAGGCUCCAAAGAAAGAAGAGAAGCCAGCUCCAGCUCCAGAACCAAAACCAGCUCCACCGGCUGAAGAGAAGCCAAAGGAGGAGCCAAAGCAGACACCACCACCUCCACCACCAGAAAAUCCACCAGUAGUUCCAGCUGUUCCAUCAGCUCCACCGCCACCAGUAGAGCAUACUGAUUCUGAUAUUUCUACAUCAACACCAUCUAGUAGCGUUACAUCUAGCUCUAGCUAUACAUCUUCUUCUUCGAUAUCCACAUCAUCUGGAUCAUCUUCUUAA